AGGACCCCCCUUCGGCUCAUGGCCACCAGGGGGCCCAGGGCGCCCCCGGAGCCGCGAUGGGCGCCCUGGCCGUCGACUUCGAGGUGCUCCCCGGGGAUGACCCGAGGAAGGACCCGAGCCCGCUGCAGGUGCUGGAGGAGCUGCGGCAGCAGCUGCAGGACCCUACGAGCAGCCUGCGGUGCGGUGAGUUCGGCGACGUGGAAGCCUACCUCGCCCUACCCGGGGAACCCGACCCGUACGGGGCGCCCACCUCCGAGAGCGAGGCGGUGUACGCGCCAGCAGCAGGCUGGGCGAUCGGGGACACGGGGCGCAGCAGGGACACAGGCCACGGUAGCCUCGGUUUCCCCGACGCUGGAGGCGGCGUCGACCUUGGGCAUCAUCCUCGAGGCGGCCUCGCGGGUACCGCGUGGAAGGCCGAGGUCCCGGACGAGAUCUCGCACCGGGUGCAGCGCAUCGAGAGGGAGCUGGCGCGCACGGCUGCCGGCGGACGCGACCCCGGCUACGUUGGGCCGGGCCAGCACGAGGCUCAGGACGCCAGCGAGCUCCGGGAGCUCGAGGAGAAGUACGCCAGGCUGCAGCAGCGUCUCGCCACGGCCGAGGACCUGAUUCGCAAGGGCUUGUCCGCGUCCAGGGGCGCCGUGCGCGAGACGGAGGCCACCGAGUUUGCGCUGCAGGAGAGGGGGGAGCAGCUCGCGUUCGCCAAGGACCAGUGGGUCAGGGAGACCAUCCGCGCCUCGAAGCUGGCGGACACGAUAACCGCCCUGGAGGAGAAGCUUGCGGACCGGGAGCGGACGCUGCGGGAGGUGACCGAGCGGUACAGCACCACGACGUUGGAGGUGAAACACCUCCAGCAGCUGGUGACGGGCGACGCGGCUGGGCCGGGGCUGGACCCGCGCGGCCUGGACCCGCACUACGUGCAGAGGCCGCAGCCGCAGCCGCAGCAGCCCAAUGCGCGGACCUCGCCAGCACUGCCCUCUUCCCCGCCGCGAGCCAGCUGGCCCUCCGGAAGGUCCGAUACCCUGCCGGACACCAACUCUGAGAAGUACAGGUCCUUGUGCCUCGUGAACGACGCUGUACUCUACGAGGACGUGCUGCGAAUCUUUCCUGUACAAACGGACAGGCUGCUCCAGAUCGGCGUCAAGGCGGAGUACUCGGGCUCGGAGGGGCGCCUGGCCGUUUAUUUUGCCAACAAAGGUGCUACGGCGUUGCAGGCGUUCGGCGUGCAGUAUAUCGUCAACGACCCCAACUCCCUGAGGCUCGAUGCGGCGCCGGUCAGCCAGCAGCUGAACGCGGGCCAGCAGGUCGUCCAGAUGGUGAGCGUCGUGUGCCUCGGCCCGUUCUGCGAGCCGCCCUGGCUGCGGCUGCGGUACAUCCUCGCGGACGCGAGCCCCUGGAGAGGCCAGAUGAGAUUUCCCAUCGUGCUCCCCAAGUUCAUGACAGGGCUGGAGCUGACCCCCAGCCAGUUUUUCGCAGACUGGCGGCGGCAGGACUUCGCCCUGAGCGAGAGCACAGGCCUGGUGGUGCUGUCCGGGAGGCUCCAGGGGAGCCCGCUGCAGAUCGCCAGGCUCCCAGGCGGCCGCGGGCGGGCGCGCUGCGGAGCCAUGGGCGCCGCUCAUGUGGCCAUGGGCUUUCACGACCCAGCGCGGAUUGGAGAUGGAUGGGCGCCGCACAGGCCCUGGGCGGCGAAGUUCGAGGCUCAAGCCAAGCAGAUCGCAGCGCUCACCUCCAAGAUCGAAAGGAUGACCACGGGUGGUCCUGGCGCAGCCCCCCCAGCGGGGACGGGCUCAAGUCGGGGGCCCAAGUCGGAUCCGAACCCGAAGGAGGACGAGGCGGACAAGCUUCGUGAACGGAUCGAGGUGCUGUCGCAGACCAUCCAGAACUUGGAUUCGGAGAAGGACCAGAAGCUCAAGCCGCAUAUCACCCAGCACACCAACGCGGGCCACGUGCUCGCAGAGCUGGAGCGCAAACGCGCGGUGGCGGUCCAGAAGAAGAAAAAGCAGGAGGAGGCUAAGGCUGCAGCCAUCCAGGAGAUCGGCAAGCAGGACGAAGCCAUAAUCAAGCUCGACGCAGAGAUUGUGCAGGCCAAGCGCGCGCUGGCGAGCACCAUCCCUGAUGACGUGUUCUUCGAUUGCGAUGAGGCAGGGUUCGGUGUCGACCAAGAGGUCAAAUACAUGCUCGCCUCGCGAGCAUGGAAGCGCUACCAGGACAAGGAGCCAGAUGAUCACGACGUGGACGCCCUCUGGCAGGCAUCCAAGGGCGAGAAGUGGAACUUGCUCGAGCACCUGCGCACCAUGGGGUACAAGAGGCCGAAGCGUGGGUGA